ACUAUAAACUACUCAAACUCAAAGGUCGAUGCUGUUUCCACUGUCCACGUUGCCAUUAACAACAGCUACGCGUCUGAAAAGGGCACCCUCCCUGCCGUAGAUCGACAAGCAGUGGAGUUAGCAAGAGCAAGUUGGCCUUGGACAGGUACACAGAAGGAGCCACUGGAAAGAUAAAGGAGUUCCAAUAGUUGUUUUCGUCGACGGCGUGCUGCAUUAACCUGGCGGUGGCUUUGAGGUUGGAGUAGUAGCUGUAAUAGACCAUGUAAGCGGGCUGCUGCUGCGAUGUGAGGUCCUCGCGUUGUUGUCGCUGUUCAGCUUGACACCUCCACUUAUGGAACAGCGCUUGAUGAAUGGGUGCCCAUGUCCGAGGGGCAAGGUGUCAUAGUUUGUAUAAAGGAUCUGUCUCCAGACGACCAAGCCAAAAAAUCCAAUGAAUCUGGCUGGCUGGCGAGAGAUGGACAUAUUCCAUUCGACGGUGGACUUCUUGAGUACAGUUCGCGCAAUAUACACCUGGCAGACCGAUCUAUCUCCGCGCGUCUUGCUAGCUUUCGGGAAGCUACCUCUACGACAGUGUUUUUCUUGGAACCACGAGUUGCAAAUGGCAGCAAGUUUCAGCAUGCAAAGCUUGGCGUUCAUGUUGUAUACUGCAAGCACAGGAAGGUCCACAAAACUCAGCCAUGCAAGCACGUGUUCUGCAACAGCACAAGUGGAAAGAGCUGCCCCAUGGCUCACCUAAUGAGACCUUCUCCAUUGUUUGUAGUAAGAAUCAAGCGUCUAAAAAAUCUGCCUCCAUGUGUAACAACGAGCACUGCAAAACCUGCAUCUGCAGACCAGCCAUGUUGCCUUAUACCUCCAAGGUGUUUGCCACGCUUUUCUGUCUUCUGUCUGUGAUGUGGCGCCAUGAUUCGAUUCAUCCGCUGUUUUGGCCUCCUGAAGUCUUGCUCGUCAAACUUCUGCAUAGUCAGCCGGCAUCCCUUAACCGCUGCCGCUGCCACCGCC